CAAACAUCCGGUUUGUAGAAAGUAGGAACAAAAAAAAAAAAAACCAAAAAAAAGCAACAAUGUUUUGACACACGUUUUGCCAAACUGUAGUUACGUUUUCUUGUGUUGUUUCCAGGUUGUUGCAAUAUGAAGAUGGAGGAUGGCACCUUGAUUUCAAGCAGUGAGGACAUUUCUUCGCUGUUCCCGAUCCAGACGCCGAGUGCCAAGUACCAAGAUUUGGGCAGCCAGUUUUCCGGCGUGAGAAAAGUUUCCGGCGAUGGGAACUGCUUCUACAGAGCCUUCUGCUUCGCACACUUAGAGUCAGUCCUACACAGUGCCAGGGCUUUGCAGAGGUUCAAGAACAAGAUAAUCCAGAGCAGCAAAAUUUUGACAUCUGCAGGAUUUGAGGAGAGUUUCUUCAAGCACUACAUGGACACGGUUCUACAUGUUGUAGAGCAAUGUCAAGCAGAUGCAAAUGCACUGUUCAGGCUCUUCAAUGAUCCGACUACCUCUGACGGUGUUGUGCAGUAUCUCAGGCUGCUCACUUCAGCGCACCUGCAAAACCAUGCAGACUUCUUUUGCAACUUUGUGGAGGCCCCUGAUCUACAAGUCUACUGUCAUCAAGAAGUGGAGCCUAUGGCAAUGGAGUGUGAUCACGUGGACAUCUUGGCCCUGUCGCAGGCUCUGGACAUCUGCAUCCACAUUGUCUCUAUGGAGGGUGAUGAAGAACAGCUGGCUCACCAUAUCAUUCCAGAGGGCGGGGAACCGUCCCUUUAUCUCCUCUACCAAGGAUCUCAUUAUAACAUUCUCUACCCUCGGCCACAACUAUGACCACUGGAACUCAGCUCAGGAAUAUUGACUUUGGUUGAAUGAAUUCCAGCUGGGCUUUAAGACACUUAUGAAAUCAGAUUUUUAUAAAAUCUUGCAGUUUACAGGAAUUCAACAGCUGGAGACUUGACCACUGCACAGUAGGCACAGAACAUUUUAGAUGAAUUAAAAUGC